UCCUCCCCACCCCCUACCCUAUGCCCGGGAGCCUGUAGCUUUUGAAUUUUUCUACCUUCAGCUCUUGAGUUAAUGUGAUGCUGCCUUAUGAAGUAUUUGCAGCAGAUCUCAAGUGCAGGAAUAGGGGGAAAUCCUUCGAAUUUCCAGAAGAAGAUGUGCAGUCCAAAGAGCCCCGCUGGCUGUUUGGAGUAGUCCUUUGGCCACAUCCCCAACACACUGAAAACUCAUGGCACAAUAUCUUUCUGCGGCAUUUGCGGAAAACAGUUGGCAUGCGCUGAAAUACUGCAGGAGGCAGAAUUAUUUGCUCUCUCCUUGCCCUGCUAUCCGAGGCUGAGCUGCAACAAAGGUUGCUGGAUCCCAAGAUGAAAAUGGAGGAGCAGAAAUUGGCAAGCCCCCAGCUGGAGACAGGAUCGGGGAAGGCAGGAGAACCCCCUGGCAUCCUUCAAGCGGGGACCCUCAAGCAGAGUCCCAGAGAGGUGGCACCUCCGCAACACAUGAAAGAGGAGCCAGAAGAGGGCCUGUCGUCUCAGCGCUGGGAAGCCCAGUGGCAAGAGUUCCUCAAGGCCGUGCAAUGCCCUCAACCUGGAUGGGGGAACCCACUUCUUCCUAAUCCUGCGCCAGCAGGCGGCACAACAGCUUCUCCACUCCCUGGCAGCUUGGAAGGACGGCUUCACAGCUUCAGGUAUUUCUCCUACCAGGAAGCUGUAGGCCCACGGGAGACAUACAGUCGGCUCCGGGAGCUUUGCUACCAGUGGCUGAAGCCCGAGAGGCACACCAAGGAGCAAAUCCUGGAGCUGGUGAUUCUGGAGCAGUUCCUGGCUGUCCUGCCUCAGGAAAUCCGGAGUCGGGUGAUGGAACAAGGCCCAGAGACCUGUAUCCAGGCUGUGACCCUGGCAGAGAGCUUGCUGCCGAGACGGGAAGAAGGAGAGCAAUGGAGAGAGCAGGGGACAGAGAGGCUGAUCCAGGAAGUGGCUGCGAAUACCCCAGUGGAAGAUGACGCAGUGCUGGAAAUCACACAGAGGCCGCUGUGCAGAGAGGUCAAGCAAGAGGUCAAGGACGAUGUCAGCUCACUUGGAGCUGAUGAAUGGCCCAGUAAGGAUGAGAGGGAGCCACAUGGAGUGUUGAUGGAAGUUGCUGAUCACCAGGAAGCGGAAGAAGACAAUGGGAACAUGGAUGGAUCAGAGUGGGAGCAAGGGGACGAAGUGGAGGAAUGGCAGAACAAAUCCAUUGCUUAUGAAGGCGGCCACUUCCACGAAAUCACAGUGCGUCAGAGAAUCCACAGCAGGAAAAGGAGGAACAAGUGCAACGUGUGUGGGAAAGUGUUCAGAGACGAAGCUUACCUUAAUAAACACCAGAGAACCCACACUGGGGAGAAACCCUACGAAUGCUCAGACUGUGGAAAGAGCUUCCGUUGGAGUUCAGACUUCCACAGGCACCAGAGAACCCACACGGGAGAAAAACCGUACAAAUGCUCCGACUGCGGGAAAAGUUUCCGCCGGAGCUCGAACCUCCAUAGGCACCGGAGAACCCACACGGGGGAGAAAUCGUACGAAUGUUCGGAGUGUGGGAAGAGUUUCCGAUGCAGUUCGAGCCUGAUUAGCCACAGGCGAACCCACACCGGGGAGAAACCCUACGAAUGUCCAGACUGUGGGAAAAGCUUCCGGCUGAGCUCAAACCUUAUCAGCCACAAGAGAACCCACACCGGAGAGAAACCCUACGAAUGCCCUGAUUGCGAGAAAUGCUUCCGCCGGAGCUCGCACCUUAAUACCCACAAGAGAAUCCACACGGGGCAGAAACCCUAUAAAUGCUCAGAUUGUUCCAAAACCUUUUCGGACCGAUCCAACCUUCUCAGCCACCUGAGAAUCCACACCGGGCAAAAGCCGUACACAUGCUCGGAUUGUACCAAGACGUUUUCCAAUAAAUCUAACCUUCUCAGCCACCAGAGAAUCCACUCAGGAGAGAAGCCGUACGAAUGCUUAGACUGUGGGAAAAGUUUCAGCGUGUGCCAGUACCUGACCAGGCACCAGAGGAGACAUACGACAGAGAAGCUGCACGAGUGUGUGGAUUGUGGGAAGAGGUUCAGUCAGACCCAGUAUCUGAUCCGCCAUCAAAAGCAUUCACACAGGAGGAAAAUGGGAGUUUGCACCGUAAUAGACAUACAAUGAACUUUACAGGAGAUGGGAACAUUAUAAAUACUUGAAUUGUCAGAAGAGAAUGAACCUCAACACAAAUCUUAAUAAACAUCAGAGAUUCUACAAGGACUGGAAAUCCUAUAAAUCUGUGUCACAGGGUAGUCUUCUUUUCAUGCAACUCAUAUUCCUAAUAGAGAAUUCCCCACCUUCCAGAUCUCUACAUACAGCUAGUUAGAGAGAAAUAUAAACUUCUAAAGACACAGCACAGGGCUAUUGUCCACAUGGUUAGCGUUUCAUGUAGCCCAUUUGCCUCACUGCAUACCAGAAAAUCAGCCCUAGAAAGUACAGAUAGCUAGGUUCACCUUUUGGCAGUUGAAGUCUUAAAGCAGGGAUGAGGAACCUUGCCUCUGGGCUCCCAUCUCCCAUCAUGGUCCAACGGCCUGGAGUUGCAGUCCAGUGACACCCGGAGGGCUUCUGGAUCCCAUCCUUGUCUUAAGGUGGGCAUGUCCAACUCCUGAGAGACUGCGAUCUACUCCUACUAUUAAAAAGUUGUUG